CCCACACACACACACACACACACACACACGGUAUAUAAACCAUAGACUCGCAAAUGAAAUCCUGCAAGAACAGAAAUAAAGAAUGGAUCCUGUAGACACCAGGAGUAUGAAUGGGUGACUGGUGGAACAUCUCCGGAACGCGAGGGCAUUUUUUUGCUCUUUUCUGGUGGAACAUCGAUGCCGGUUCUUCUGUAUCUUCUGAUUUAACACUUGAUGAUCCAGAGGACUCGUUUGUCUUUGCGGUGCCUGUCUACUUUUGAGGAUAUCUCGAGAGCUUUAAACGCACACGCAGACGGCGUCAUGAAGUUCAAACCCAACCAGACGAGAACCUACGAUGGUGAAGGCUUCAAGCAGCGAGCGGCGUGUCUGUGUUUCAGGAACGAACGAGAAGACGAGGUGUUGUUGGUGAGCAGCAGUCGUCAUCCGGAUCAGUGGAUUGUCCCAGGUGGAGGAAUGGAGCCGGAGGAAGAGCCGUGUGGUGCAGCGGUGAGGGAGGUUUAUGAAGAGGCUGGAGUGAAGGGCACACUGGGUCGCCUCCUGGGGGUGUUUGAGCAUAAUCAGGACAGGAAGCAUCGCACGUAUGUGUACGUCCUGACCGUGACGGAGACUCUGGAAGCCUGGGAGGACUCGAUCAACAUCGGUCGGAAGAGAGAGUGGUUUCCUGUAGAAGAGGCUAUAAAGAUCCUGCAGAGCCACAAGCCGGUCCAUGCAGAGUAUCUGAGACGCCUUCAGCUCAGCUGCUCCGCCACGGACAACGGCAACAUCCUUUUGCCUCCUCCACCUCCGAACGACAAUGCAGCCCGAGCUGCAGCAUGCAGAUAGGACUGCACGCUUUUCUUUUUGUUUGUUUUUGUUUGUUUUUGUUUGUUUUUUUCUCCUUCCUUUUCCCUUUUCACUUGCAUUCCGUUUGGGGGGAUCUGUGUGUGUGUAAUAUAUAUAUAUAUAUAUAUAACACACACACAAACAGACAUAUGCACACUUACAUGGACAGAAGUCCCUGAACCCCCCGAAAAUUGUUCAGGAUUUAAAAAGAUUAUUUUGCUGCAAGGUUUUGUUUUUAAAAUGCCUUAAAAUGCACUGUGUAUGGGUUAUUUUUUUCUUUUUUUUUUUUUUCUCUCGUUCUUCUCGUCACUACGUCUGCGAGUCACGCUACAUGUACAGACUGAAUUACGAACCGUAGUCGUGUUACCUCAGCUCCCCGGAUGACCCCCUGCUGCACAUCCUGGGGAUCGUGGACUUGCUGUACGGCAUUUUGAACCCUCUGUAUUUCUGCAGUUUCAACAAGAACAUUUCUAAAGCCUUCUUUUCCUUUACCACACUUUUUUUUUUUUUUCUAGAAUUUGCUGAAAAAUACCUUCUGGCCACGAGUUGAGCUCAUUUCUGGGCCGGGGGGGGGGACUUAAACAAAAUCCUGGCGUGAUAUACACUAUAUAGCCAAUAGUUUGUGGACACCAGAUCAAAAGAUUGGUAGGUGCUCCUCCUUCUUUUUAAUUAUCCCAUUCCACAUUUGGUCUCUGUUUGCUCUUAUAGUUAAGCUCCACUCAACUGGGAAUAGGUGUGGAGAUUUGUGCUCAUUGAGCUGCAAGGGUGUUAGUAAAGUCAGGUAUUGAUGUAGGUGAGGAAGCCAGGAGAUCAUCAAACUCAUGGAAAGCAGAUCUUCAUGGAGCGGGCUUUGUGCACAGGGGCAUUGUCAUGCUACAACAGGUUUGGGGUUCAAGAGAAGGAAAAAUUUCAUGCUAGAGACUUGCGAUACAAAUGUGUGUACAACUAUGAGGGAAGGACCACGUGGGAGGGAACAGCGGGUGUCUGAAUACUUUUGGCCAUAGUGUGUGAUGGGAGUAUUAAAAGUUCUGGAAACACAUGGAAACAUUACACCUUUAAAUAGGAGGGAAAUGGAUAGAAGUCGCAUUUGGUGCUUUCUUGUGAUGUACCCUGAACUUUCAGUGUAAGUCUGAGUUUGUUUUAUUUUGUUAUUUGUGAAUCAAAAAAAAAAAAUGUUUUAACUAACCAAACAUCCCUUUAACCUCUAACCCUUUAACACCAGAAUGGAGUGGGACUGGCAUGGACGUGUUCAUGAUGGUACAUGGUCCAUGCCAUGGUUCAAUGAUCACAGUGUUGAGGCUCACGAUUUAAGACGCUGUUUAGGGAACGAUCAUAUAUCGGAUGCAGGAAAUCGGAUGUAGAUGAUUGAAUGCAGAAGGUCAGAUGCAGAUCAGAAUCAAGGGAUCAGAUGCAUAAAAUCGGAAACAGAAGAUCGCAUGUAAGAGAUUAGACGUAGAACCUUAUAUUUAGAAGAUCAGAUGUACGAGAUCGGACAAGAAAUGUACGGAGUGUAACAUUUCGCUCCGUUCCAGUUGCACUAGUGAUAUGAAUCUAAUGGCUAGUGAUGGCUCAUGACCAGCAGCUAGCAAAUCGCUAACAUCACCCACUUCACUCACAUUGUAGUGUAGCAAACAAUGUAAAUAUCAGAUUAAUCUAAUAAUCCAAUCUUCAAAUCUACAUCCGGCUUCUGACCGACUGAACAAUGUUUUGUAAAUAUUCUGAAGAUUGCAGAGGUUUUUAAUGGAAACAAAUGUAUGAACUUUUGCUGAAAUCUUUUCUGCUGUUAGUUUUUUUUAUUAUUUUUAUGAUUCUGACAAAAGACCUCGUAACAUUAAACCUGAUUUUAAUAAAGUCCAGAACACAA